GCUGUCAGUGUCAGUUCAUUUUAUCAGGGUUGGUUGAGUACUCUUUGACUCAUCCAUCAUUCAUUGUAUAAAUAUUAUUUUGAUAUUUAAUGUUCAAAUAAUUAGCUAUUCUCAGUUUUUUGGUACUUUGCAGAGCGGAAUAUAAUUAGAUAUUGAAUUAUGAAACUGGCAGUUGUGCACGAUUAUUGGUGUUGUUAAAACAGUGUCUACAAGUAGACCUUAGAAGUGUUAAUAAAUAUAGAAAAAACAUAUAUGCUUUAUUUUUACACAUAAAGCUAUUAACUGCAGACUGCAAGAGCUCCAAGAACAAAAAUUUCGUAAAAAUGCAUCUCGGAGUUAACAUAUCGAAUGCUCUGCAACAAUUAGAAAGCGUAAAAGCAGCUGUAGAUCAGAGUGAUGAUCCUAAGUUAAAGGCUGCAACCAAUGAUGACUUGAAUAUGCUGAUUAAUUUGUUGGAAAGUCCCAUACUGAAAAGCAUAGCAACAUUGCAUGACUCUGUUGGAAUGCUUGCAACGCAGGUUGCUCAUCACCCUUCCAUAAUUCCUGGUGACUUUGACAUCACUCCAGCAGGUGACCUUGCUCUUCAAGCAAGGAACUUGUAUGGAGGGCAUGAGGGGGAAGAGGAGCAGCGUGUGCCUCAGGUGUCACCACCUCACAGCCUGGAGUUUGGCUCUAGCUCUGAUAAUGAGCGCAUACUGGGGCUUGACAGUGGCUCUGUCGACUCCAAUAUGUCUCCUAAACAGACUCGUGGCUUACUGGACCUGUCAAGGACUGAUGAAUCCCUCGGUUCUAUGUCACACAGUAUUGUGGGCAGUGACUGGGCGCAGGUUGAAAUCAUUAACCUUGUUAAUGAUGGCACAGGAUUGGGAUUUGGUAUAAUUGGCGCAAGGACGAGUGGCGUUAUUGUUAAAACCAUUUUAGCGGGAGGCGUCGCAGACAGGGAUGGCCGUCUGAAAUCUGGUGAUCAUAUAUUGCAGAUAGGUGAUGCGCACCUGAUGGAGAUGGGGUCGGAGCAGGUGGCGGGCGUGCUGCGCGCCUCCGGCUCGCGAGUCCGCCUCGUGGUGGCGCGCGCCGCCGACCCCGCCGCGCCGCCCGUCCACGCUGCGCAUGCUCACCAUCCCGCGCCGCUCGUGCCUGCAAGAUUGCUCUCAGACCCCGAGGCUCUGGACCGCUACCUACUGGAUGCUGGCUUCGAGCAAGUGUUCCAUACUCAACCUACACCAGUUCCUCACAACUCCAACGCGUCGCGAUUCGUAUUCGACCGCUCCAUUACUCCACCACCUGAAGCAGACGCCGAAUCACCUGAGGUUGAUAGAUUCACGGUGCAGCUGAAGAAAGAUGAAAAUGGACUUGGAAUCACCAUAGCAGGCUACGUAUGCGAGAAAGAGGAGCUAUCAGGUAUAUUCGUGAAGUCCGUGACGCCGGGCAGUGCUGCGGCGCUGAGCGGCAAGGUACGCGUCAACGACCGCAUCGUCGCCGUCGACGGCGUGUCGCUCGCCGGCAAGUCUAAUCAGAGAGCCGUCGAUGCCUUGAAGCAGAGUGGGAAUAUUGUUACGUUGGAGUUAGAGAGAUAUCUCCGCGGUCCGAAGUUCGAGCAGCUCCAGCAAGCGAUAGCGGCGGGCGAGUCGGCGGCCACCGCCGCGCCGCCACACAACCCCUUCCUGCACAUGCACCGCCCCGACUCGAUGGCGUCGCCCGAACAUGAUAUACCUAUGGCGCAGCUGCAUAACACCAUUUCAGUGGAAAGUGCAGUAGAAGAGGCGGGUAGUUCGUCUCCGCCGGCUGCGCCUGUGGUGACGCGAGCGCAGCCCGCCUUCGAGAUGCCGCGCACUCAUGAGCAGAAGGAGGCCAUCAGGAGGAAGUGGCAAGCUAUACUCGGUGACGAGGUGGAGAUAGUGGUGGGCGUGGUGGUCCGCGGCGGCGGCGGGCUGGGCAUCUCGCUGGAGGGCACGGUGGACGUGGAGGGCGGGCGCGAGGUGCGGCCGCACCACUACGUGCGCUCCGUGCUGCCCGAGGGACCCGUCGGCCGCGCCGGCGUGCAUCGACCCGGGGAUGAGCUGCUCGAGGUGAACGGGCACCGGCUCUUGGGCAUGAACCACCUAGAAGUGGUGUCGAUCCUGAAGGAGCUAUCGAGCGAAGUGUGCAUGGUGUGCGCGAGACCUCGUCCCGCGCCGCCUAUCGAUCUGGCGCCGCCCGCCGCCACACUCGUCAAGGCGAAGUCAGACGGUAGUCUAGCGGGCGCGGGCGCGGAGGAGGGCGGGUCGCUGUCGGCGGGCGGCAAGGUGCGCUCGCGCAGCCUCGAGCCGCUCACUGGACUUGCUAUGUGGUCCUCGGAACCACAAAUUAUUGAACUCGUGAAAGGCGAGCGCGGCCUCGGGUUCUCGAUCCUGGACUAUCAGGACCCGCUGCGGCCAUCACACACGCUGGUGGUCAUCCGCUCGCUGGUGCCGGGCGGCGUCGCGCAGCAGGACGGCCGCCUCAUACCCGGGGAUAGACUGCUCUUUGUUAACGAUCAGAACCUAGAAGACGCGAGCUUAGAACAAGCAGUGGCAGCUCUGAAGGGAGCACCUCGCGGCGUGGUCCGCAUCGGCGUGGCCAAGCCGCUGCCGCUCGCCGACGCGCCGCCGCCGCUGCCGCAUACCGCGCCGCCCACACAGCCUUAGAGACACACGGAAGACGAUACACGACAAUGCAGAAGCCGACCUUGAAAGAGAAAGGUAAGGAAUAUAGCAUUUUAUGGGGUUGAAACACGGUAAAAAAUAAUCAAUAAACGUUUCAAACAUAAUUUUCUUGUCGCUGGUUUGUUUAAAAAAAAAAAAGUUUUGAAAAACAACACGCUAGUCAUGUAUUGUCAUCAGAACUCAGAGCGUGUGCAAAAUUUCAUCCGUAUAGAAAACCGGGAAGUGGGUCAAAUAAAGAUUCUUACAUACAUAUUUACAAGCGAAGCUAAUAUAAACGUGUUCAAAAAUCCAUCACCAUAUUCUAAUCGACUAGGUCGAAUUUGUACUAGGUCAGGCUUCUGCAUAUUUACGUUUUCAAAAUAUUUGCUCAUUUAGACAUUCCGAUAUCGGAGAGAGUUGUCAUUAAAAGACAGAUUUUAUUAAUUCUGCACUACCACCCAUCUCUCUCUACCGAUGCUAUUUAUAUUAAUAGUCUUAUUAUUUACUGCGAUAUAUUACUGUAAGUUUAAAUGUUUAUUCUCUUUAUUCUCUUUCGUGGCUAGUGUUUUAUUAUGAACAUUACUUGUGUGUAUUGUGGUUAUAAAAUACUUUGAAGCCUAUAUGUGAACAAUGUAUUACUUUCUGUAAGCACGUGUUGAGUGCUGAAACCUUUUGACCACCUGUAACAGUCAUAACCUGCAUUUUAUUGUGCUAUAAAGCCCAGAUUGUAGGUAUUUUUAAACUGUCAUACAUAGUUGUUUAAAAAUGUCAUUACAGUUGCGUACACUAGCAACAAUUCGAAAACUAGCGAUUGGUCGAUAGGACCAAGAUCGGCUAAAUAUUGUCAAAAGGUUAAUUUUUAUUUAUCUUCAGCAUUCCAUUAAAAUUAAAAUCAUGACUUAAACGUAAUUGUGACAAUAUUGUAUGAUAAUGAAGUUGUACUUAAUCUACCUUUCUUGAGUAGAGGACAUAGUAAGCGUUGGAAUACACUGGAUGAGCGGUGUAAUGAGAAAAGACGAGUAAGGAAAAUGAAGGCCUUUCUAAAUUGUAUUCAUCCGAUGAUAUCAUUGGGAUAGGAAUUCGAUUUUGAUGUCCAGAUAAUCGAAUAGAUAUCGAUGACGGUUUUAUUUACCUUUUCUCGUUGCUCCCCUCCUCCAUUCUAUCCCAAAGCUAAUGUAGCUAUGAUAACCCGCCUUAAACUUAAAUCAGCUUGCAAAUAGACUUCUCGUUCAUGUACUUAAUUGAAUGAUAUGAUAGUAUUAUUCGUGUGAUUUUGUAUUCCAUAUAAGAAAUACUCGUAAAAUGUGAUUCAAGUCGUUUAUUUAUAGACAUAUCAAAAGUUUACAUAAAUUGAUCUUAACAUUCUGUGAUGCAUUCCGACACUUUAUGUACUUAACUGCCAAUCAUAGAAUUUGAACAAGCCUUUGUCAAUUUAUAAAAUGUUUAAAGUUGUUUUAUUAAUUAGAUAGGUAAUCAUUACUUAAAUGUAUUGAAUUUAUUCAUAGUAUUUUAAUGUUAGUUUAUUUAAAAGUAUUACAAAAUAUCUACCUGAAUUGAUUAAAUUUUUCUCAUUAUCUUGAUGUUAAUUCCUUUACAAAUAUCAUCGUCCAUUCCAAUUUUAUUGGUAUAUGUAACUUGAGGAAUAAAUAAAACUUAAUAUUACA